GCAGUCAGCGCCCUUACCGACCGAGUGGCAGUGCCGAGCAAGGUCUUAUAUCAAUCCGAACAGCGUUUUCCUCAUGUUAGCGCGUCUGUCAAAGGCAUCGGGGUUACGUUGACCUUCUUCGCCGCAGCCAUGAAGUGGUUCUGUCGAAAGAACGAGCAAUCUUGGGAGGUUGUCGGUUGCGAGUGUAUCGAUCCUGUGCCAAUGAUCGAUGAUGGCGAUGAGCUCGAUAUCUUGCGUGUCACAGAUACGAACACGUGUGGCACAUACAUCUUUGACCUCGGGAAGCGUUCACCCCAAGGUUCUGAUUACUGUAGAGCGGUGCUUUUCGCCAGGCAACAGUUGUUUCAAGAGAUUGUGAAGAACGGUUACAACAUGUUAUUGUUGGAAGGCUGGACGCUAACUCUUUAUCGCAAGGGAAAGUCGCAUCGUAUAGAGGUACAAUAUGCAGGACGACCAGCAUACAUGUCAGGCAAAGCGCCACCGUUCCGCCCUCCACCGUUCAUGGCCGUCUUGGAGUCGCAGCAUCUUUUUUCGUAAUUUAUUGUCCACAACUGUAUCUGCCGCCGAGAGUCCAGG